UUGUUCUUUCUCCUUGGCAACGUUUCCCUGGGUCAUGGAGGUAGACUUUCUCCUGCGAUUGCAGACUUCAGGAAAGAGGUUGCCUUGGUUACAGUUUGCAAUCCUGUAAACUGUUGGCCAUGUCAUGGUGCUCCAGAUUCUGCUGGCUUGCUUCUUAUGGAGUUUAUCCUUCCAGGGGGUGGCCAGCUGUCUUCAGUGUGACCCCCGUUUCUUGAAAUGGGUGCUGACUCUGCUGAAGGAAACCCUGCCAGGUGACCUUCCAAACCGUGAUUCCCUGAUCACACGGCACAUCCAAGCCUUGGCAGAUUUACAUAGCACCUUCCUUCGGAGGAAUUAUGAGCGAAUUAUAGAUGUCCGAGGAGCGUUCGAGAUCAAAUUACACAUUAUUAACCAGUUAAAAGCCAUCAAACAAAAGCAGUGGAAAGGAGUUUUUCUGUGGCAGCUCUCUAUGUACCAGCUACGCUUUUCCCUGAGAAAGAAGAUUCACCAGAUUCUGGAAGAAUUUGCUGAUCUUGCUUGUUCAGAGGACUGCACAGUGAUAGAAGGACCUAUUCUGGACUGCUGGACAUGCCUGCGUAUCACCACACAGUGUUUUGAUGGAGAAGUCUGUGGAGUGGAAGACAAACGUCUUGCAGAAUACAAUGAAAUCGUUCUUUAUGUGUUCCUUGUUUGCGAGUCAGUGAUAACAACCUCAAUCAUACUUGUGUACAUGGUGUGUUUCAAGUACAGGAAGCGUAUGCUGCUAAAAUCUUUGGCUUAUUAAAUGCAUAUAUAGGCCAGAAGGCCAUUUCAGCAACUUUUCUUCGUUCAAAAUAUUCUUUGAUCUUCAUUCUUGACAAGCCUGAAUAAAAGAAAUUGAUUUGUA